AUGAGUCCCAAGAAAUUAACCAUAUUGUUCGCACCGGUCGAGGGUAUGGGUCGUGUGAACGCUUGCGUAGGUCUGGCCGAAAGACUCCGAGAGCGCGGACACCGUAUAGUGUUUGCCGUCGACGCCUCCUAUAGGGGGAAGUUAGUGGGCUUUGGGUUCGAGGAGGAGAUAAUCGAGUUUUCGGCCACCAAAAAGUCUUCGGACGCCGAAUUAGAUCCACAGGAGAGCCAAUCGCUGAUCGAAUCGAGAGCUCAAGUAUUGCUUCGGUCGGGAAUACUGUCGGCAAAGUCUUCGCGAGAAAAGUUAGAGAUUCUGUCCGGCGAUGGAUUCCUCACCAGAAUUGUCGAUAAAGUGAUUGCAAACGAACCCAUACUUAAGAACAUCAUCGCCAGAGUGCGGCCCGACCUCUAUAUACUCGACCAUUUGGUGGGUCCGCCGUCAAUCAUCUUCUCGGACAAGCCCUGGGUUUUUAUACUCAGCGCUAAUCCCUUAUCUGGUAUUCACGACACCAGAACUCCGCCUAAUUUUUCCGGUUACGCGGCGUCUGGCGACCAGUCCUUGUGGCCAGAGUUCAGGGAAAGGGCUGAUAAUGCGUUCGCUCAUCACAACCAAUACUAUAACCGAUGGCUAAAAGCAAAUGGCUAUCCGACCAUCGAUAACAACCUCUGUAUACCAGAGUCACCGCAUCUAAACCUCUAUGGCUUUCCUGAAGAACUCGAUUACACAGACAUUCGGCCGAAUCCGAAGAACUGGUACCGAAUGGACUCAUUCAUGCGAUCGGAUGACCACCAGGAGCUCAAACUUCCCGAUAGUUUUCAUCUCAAAGGCCAGAAACUAAUAUACCUAUCGUUGGGUUCGAUGGCCUCAGUAGACAUCCAACUCAUGAGCCGUUUGGUCGCCAUUUUGGCAAAGAGUCCGCACAAAUACAUUGUCUCGAAGGGAGUUCUCGGCCACCAGUACUCGUUGGCCGACAAUAUGUGGGGCGAGAAGUCUGUGCCGCAGACCCGAGUGCUGCCGAUCGUGGAUCUGGUCAUAACACACGGCGGCAACAAUACUAUAUACGAAGCGUUCAGUUUUGGCAAACCUAUGAUAAUAAUGCCAUUAUUUGCCGAUCAGUUCAAUAACGCUCAGAGAGUCCACGAAAAGGGUUUCGGUCUAAGACUCGAUCCGUACAACUGUUUCGCCGAAGAACUCCUCAACUCUAUCGACAAACUACUGAAUGACACGGAUUUGAAACACCGUACUGCUGAGUCGGGGCCACAGCUAGUCUUCGUUAUCGAAAAGUCAUUUGCGGGAAAGUUAUUGCCGUUUGGUUUCAUCGAAGAGGUGUUUGCUUCAGAGGAAGAAAAUAUGGGAAAACCCGGAGAAAGUGAAGCCAAGAGUUUACUCGAAACGGGUCUCCUCUCAAACGUUACGUCUUAUAAAUCGGCGGAAAUUAUGAUGACUUUCCCUGUGUUUGAGAUGUUGGUCGACAGAAUGCGAGCCAAUGAACCACAGCUUAAGGCGAUUAUAGUCAAACAUAAUCCCGAUGUGUAUAUCAUCGACGACUUCGCCGGUUCUCCGACACUAAUCCACUCAACCAAACCCUGGGUUUUCCUGUUUAGCGGAAAUCCAUUGUUUGUUAUACACGACGACAGGACUCCUCCCGGGUCUUCGGGUUAUUCUUCAAACGGUGAUCCAAACGAAUGGAAAGAAUUCAAAGAAUUGUUUAAAAAUAUGUUUAAAAACCAAAGCAUUAAAUAUAAUAAAUGGAUGAAAGAGGAAGGCUUUCCCAUUAAUACUGAAAACAAAGCCAUUUCAGACUCGCCUUAUCUUAAUAUCUAUGGAUAUCCCGAAGAAUUGGAUUAUUUAGAUCUCAGACCACUUCCAGAGAAGUGGUUAAGAGUCGACGCAUUCAUGAGAAGAGGAGAGAAACAAGACAAAAGUCAACACAAAUUCAUUGUCUCGAAAGGACUUUUCGGAGACACAUAUGAAUUGGCGGACAAUAUGUGGGGCGAG